AUGUCGCGUCGCCUGUUCCCUGCAACCAUCCGCAAACUUCUCGCCCAUCCACCACCACCAGGAUCCUCAAUUUCUCUUACUGGAUACAUAAAAUCUAUCAGAAAGCAAAAGAAUAUAACCUUUGGUGUUCUCUCUGACGGGUCCACGCAACCAGGCCUUCAACUCGUCCUUCCUAACUCGGGUAGCGUACAACUGAGUAAUGGCUGCACCGUCGCCGUGAACGGGACUCUGGCCGAAUCUCCGAGGCGUCAGCCUGAGCUGCACGUUUCUCCCGAUGGCCUUCGAAUUAUUGGGCCGUCCCCGCCUUCAACCUAUCCGAUACAAAAACAGGCCCUUUCUACGGAGUACCUACGCACGAAUGUUCACUUACGAGCCCGAACAGAUAAAAUAGCCUCCACGCUUCGGCUACGUGCGCGUAUAAAGAAGAUACUCGAGGGGUGGUUCGACGAGGAAGGGUUUACGCAUGUGCACACACCGGUGUUGACGGGGAAUGAUUGCGAGGGCGGUGGGGAGACUUUCGGAGUUGUGCCAGCAGAUUUCUUCGGGAGCGAGGGUGGUGAAGGUGCCGCGACUCACUUGACGGUAUCUGCGCAGCUCCACCUCGAAGCGAUGGCUUGGGCUCUGGGUAGAGUUUACACCCUGAACCCCUGCUUUAGGGCGGAGAGAUCGGAUACGUCCAGACAUUUGGCCGAGUUUUGGAUGUUGGAGGCCGAAUGGAACUUUCCCGCCAUACAGACGAUCACCACGUCAGGCCCGGCCCCAGCGACACUUGAUCAACGAAGUCACCUUAUGCAAGUAUGCGAUACCGUCGAACAUGCCCUCAAACACGUCCUUGCGGAUUGCCUGCCGUCUUCUCCUGACAGCCCUGAUAGUACUUCGGGUGCCCCCAUCUCACUCCCACAACAAGAUCUAUCUUUCCUCUCGCCGUCGCCUUCCCAUCUCAUCGCCCUCGCACGUGCAGCAGACCCUUCCACAUCCUGGGCGCGCAUCUCCUACACCCACGCCCUUGAAAUCCUCAAUGCUGCGACCAAGGACUCCACUACUCCGCUACGCCUCCCGCCGCCUGAGUGGGGCUCAUCCCUCGCCUCCGAACACGAACGCUACCUCGCAGAAACAUAUGCCCGUGGUCCUAUUUUUGUAUACGACUACCCAGCCUCCAUCAAGCCUUUCUAUAUGAGAAGGAAUGAUGGUGCGAAGAUAGAUGAAGAAAGUGACGGCGCGAAUAGGCAAACGGUGUCUUGCUUCGACCUCCUUAUACCGAGAAUUGGGGAACUUGCAGGUGGGUCGGUGCGUGAGGAGCGGUACGAGGUUUUAGAGCGCGUCUUGAGCGACGAGAACGCUGCACGAGCUUCCCCUGAUCCCGACGCGCCUGCCUUGAGCACAAAAGACCAUCCCCUGAACUGGUACCUUUCCCUCCGCAAACACGGUUCUUCGCCCCAUGGUGGUUUCGGCAUAGGUUUCGAACGGCUGGUCUCCUGGAUUUCGGGCGUCGAGAAUGUGAAGGAGUGCAUACCGGUUCCAAGGACCGCUGGGAGGAUCGAUUUAUAG